UGACCAUUUCACGUUUCUUCCAAAGAUUGGAAGUGGUUGGUUGGUUUCUUCCGGACUGAGAUAGAUCGUGACUAACCGAACCAAGUGGAAUCCGGAGUUCAAGACCAACAUUUCUCAUCGCUUUUGACAGGUUUCAUGGUCCUACCAUGAAUGCCACGGAAUUUAACCAAACUUUUUCCUACGCCAACAACAUCAUGACAUCCAAUGCCACAUUGGGUGAGCUCUUGGACUGUCCCGUGUAUACACCGGAGGACGAUGAGUUUCUGGAUAACAUUCUCUUUUGGGUGGAAGGCGUUCUUCAGUGUUGCAUGGCCUUCAUGGGACUGAUCGGAAACAUCAUUUCGGCUAUCAUCCUCUCAAGAGAGGAGAUGCGAAACUCGUUCAACUUGCUGUUGAUUGCCCUCAUUUGUUUCGACUCGUGGUACCUGUUUGGCAGCAUUCUUGAGAGCUUCCGUCGGAUCUUCCACCUGGACACGGAGCUUCACACAUUGUUGUUUCCCUACAUUUUGUACCCACUGCAAUUCAUCUCUAUGGCCGGCUCGAUAUUCAUGACGGUCGGGAUCUCUCUAGAGCGAUACAUUGCAGUACAUUACCCUAUAGAUUACAACCAGAGCAUGAACAGCCCUGAAGCUUGCCGGCGGCGCCUAAUGAAAUAUGUGUUCCCAGUCAUCUUCCUCUCAUUCCUCUUCAACAUCCCCAAAUUCUUGGAAGCCCGAAUCGGAUAUGAAUUAACAGGACCCACCAAUCUGAGCCGAGUCAUCGAAGUAAAUCACGGGAUGUACAACGGGAGUGUGGCUGUAUUUAUCGAUGGGUCCUAUUAUAAAUUGGAGCACGGCCAUGGAGCCAACCAUACUGUGGAUCAACUCAAGGAAUUGUUCGAGGUCCCUGUGGUGGAGGUGACUGAGUUGCGGCGAGAACCAGCUUACGCCAUAUAUUACAAUAAUUGGACCCGCCUUCUAAUUCUCGGGAUCAUUCCAGCCAUUAUGCUUGUCUACUUGAAUUACAAGAUCUACAAGGACAUCAAAUUGCGUCAAAGCCGUCGGCGUCAAAGCAUGAGCCAAGUUACGAUUAAUCAUCAGGCUCGUCGACGACACGAGGAUAACCUGGCCGUGGUUUUCAUGGGGAUCGUUUUGGUGUUCCUUGUCACACAUUCCCUGAGGAUCCUUCUUAAUUUACACGAGAUGAUUGUCAUCAGGGACGCCAUGGAGUGCUCCCGAGCCGGUCAGAGAUCCUUCCCAUUGUGGUCCAUCGUCACAGCGGUGUUCAGCCAUUUUCUCCUCGUCCUCAAUUCAUCCAUUAAUAUGGUCAUCUAUUGCAAGCUCAAUCCCGCAUUUCGUAUACUAUUCUUCGAUCUCCUUUACAAAACUUGUCACGGCAUCGCCCCGUGUUUCUUCAAGGACGAGGACGGUCAGGGCGCUUCCAAUCAAAACGGCCAUUCCGAAGGCCAGACCAACACCACGACGGCCUCUCAAAACCCUUCGGCCAAAUCAGCUCCACCACCCAACACCAAGGCCAGACCCGUGGAGCUGACAGUCUUGACUGAAUGCCAUUCCAACAACCUCGCGUCCAAUAAUGUGAAUGUGAAGGAAAAGAACUGGGAUCAGCGCUCGGUCGAGUUGCUGCCUUCAAAAGGGCCUCCAUCAACGCCUUUGGUUUCCGGGGGUUCAAAUCCUGGUAUUUUCACGACUACAUCCAAUGAGAAUGGGACCAAAAAGGACGGAGAGCCCUUGGGCGAUGUCAAUGAAUCACCUGCUCAGGAUUCGAACUCGAUUGGCGCUCAGAAGAAUGGAGUGAAUGUCACUCAUCUUUGAUUAUUUGGCUGGCGAGAAUUGAACGAACUGGUGUUCAGUAAAGUACGGAAUAACUAUCCCUGCACCCUAGCGAACUUUGUUGGAAAUGGUUUAUUUUCUCGACGUUGAUCUCUCGUUCCAAUACUCUCUUGCUGCCUCGUAAUGUAUGUAGUUAUCGAUGGGUUUCGACGUUGACUCGAGGCCGACAUCCGAGGUUAAGACGUUCAUGAUAUUCGCCGACAUGGUCUUGGCGUUAUUUUGUAGUUCUGGUUAGAAUUGUUGGGCAAACGCUCAAACGUAGAUGAUGUAUUUUCCGAGAGGCUCCUGCAUAAGCUGCAAACUGUGAGCUUAUUGGGUUCCCAAAGUUCCAUUUGUGUGUGAAGAAAUGUCGAAUUGCGAGCAAUAUCGUCGGCUAAGUGCGAGUCUAGGAUGGCAUCCUCAUUUCCAAUUCAUUCAUCGGGCAACUUGGGGCGGGCAAACGAAGUGUUUUGUUAUCAUUGUUCAGUCUAGAUAUAUUUUAGUAAUGUAAAGCAGGCGUUGGUUCCCGCUACCCGAACAUCGAAAUUUUGUUUAGAAAGAGUUACUCCCUGGAAGAAGAUGUGCAUUGAACGUGCUUCCGCUUCUGAAUAUGACGAUUUUGGCCAUGAUAAAUGUGAUUGUAAUCAACUUCCUACUCAAGCUCAGUACCUCCGUUUCAAGCUGUAUUUGGAAAUAAAUGCCAUAAUGGGA